GCCAAAAACAAACCAAAACCAAAACUAAGUGUGUUGCUCCUGAGGAAUGGACACCCUAAUUUGUCCUUUGGCUUCCAUAGACAUCUACACACCUCACAGAUGUGGCCUCUGCUCUGCCAUCUUCUCGGAAUCUCAGCUUCAGAAAUGUCUCCGGGCUUGUAAACUCUACUCUAUUGAAAUCAACAGCAGCAACAACAAAUAUCCUGGCACCUGCCAUUUGAACACUCAAGAAAACAACUGCCAAGUUUCAGGUGCCACCAGUUCCAGAUAUUAUGAGCUGAGUAAAGAAUUAAUCGUCACUCCGUGGGACUCAACUCAUAACCCCGGGAAAACCGCUCAGGCAGUCUGGUCCCCCUGCCACUGUCAGCCAGGCCACCAAGUAGAUGGUAAAUCACCCUGGAAGAGCUCACCCUUAACCUCUAUGUUGAAGGUUGGGGGCUGCUAAUACUGAACACUUGCUUGCCCAGACACCUCCUUGUACCUGCCGGCCCUUAACUUUGUACAAUCUGCCGAACACCUGUCACAACGGGUUUGCUGUGACCGCCUAACUGGGAUGUCUCUCAGAAUUGAGCAAGACAGCAAGCUACUCACUAUGCCUAGAUCUCAGCGUUCACCUCCAAUGUCAUUCUCAGAUCCCAGUACCUGGGAGCAGAUGUUUCAAGAGCUGAUUCAGGAGGAGAAACCCAGGGCCAAGUGGACCUUGCAGCUGGAUAAGAAUAUUUUGCCGGAUAACUUGACCAUGGGAUGGAGGCAGUACCAGCAGGCAGGAGUUGGCAGGUUCCAGUGUUCCAUAUGCAACAGAUACUGGGUUUCUGCCCAAGUGAAGAUCCUGUGCCACAUGAACCGCGAGCCUAGUAAACUUCAGGGCCGGGUGCUCAUGAGGAUCUUUGCUCAGAGGUGCCAGAAGUGUUCUGAGGCUAAAUUUGAGAAUCCUGGGUUCUCUGAAGAGAGCAUCCAAAGAGUUCUGGAGAAGCUGGUUAGUUAUAUUUUGCAGAAAUACUAUGGACAUGGCCUCAAGAAAAUAACAUCAACUUCAAAUGAAGGGGUGCUUUUGGAUGGACCCCAUGACAGAGCCAAUUGUGAGGCAUGCACUCUGGACCCCCAUGGAGGGUGUGCAUACAAAGCAAAGCCACUCAAAUCCCCAUCUCCUCCACCAAAGAGCUGCAGUUCUUUCCCAUCCCAGAGCCACGGUUCUUCCCCACCAAAGAGCCACGGUUCUUUCCCACCACAGAGCCACUGUUCUUUCUCAGCAAAGAGCCUCAGUUCAUCCGCACCACAGAGCCACAGUUCUUAUUCACCAAAGAGCCACGGUUCUUCCCCACCAAAGAGCCACAGUUCUUUCUCAACAAAGAGCCACAGUUCAUCCCCACCACAGAGCCACGGUUCUUCCCCACCAAAGAGCCACAGUUCACCCCCACCACAGAGUCUCAAUUUUUUAUCUCAGCCUGCAAGCACAUAUUCUGAAAAUGUGCAUGUUCAGGAACACAGAGAGCUCAAUAUCGGAGGGCUUUUUGCCGCUUUGUCUCUUGGAGCAAUUAUCCUUUUUCGUCUAAUCUUUCUGUAAUAGACUUAUCAUCUUGUUUUAAUUCUAGAGUUAUCCAUAAAAUGGAUAUCAUUUUAACAUGACAAUGACUUGAUUUGAGAUCAAGAAAGGCCAAGUAUGUAAAAUAAACCUGGUUUCCUAGACAGGCUCUGAAAAUAGCCUAGAACAUGACAUAUACAUAGUGGAGUUUAAAACAAAUUCUUACUAAGUCACUGAACCAUCUGUAUUUGCUUGCACACUUAUUGUUAUCAAGUUAUAUUGAUUAAAUCUUGACAAGGUCCUGAGUAUUAUCGUAAAUGUACUGUGACAGACUGAAUAAUGCUCCCCCCACCAAAACCGCCCUUACCCUCUAGAACUUGUGACUUGUGUAUUUUGAAGAAUAGAUUUUGGAGACAUGAUAAAAUUGAAAGAUCUUGGAGUAAAUUGUCUUGCGUUCUCAGGUUGAAUAACAAAAGGUCCUUCUGUUCAUCUUUUCAGUCAAGGUCCAUCAGAAGAUUAAUUUUGAAGGCUUGGCCUCUGGGUGAUAGUGCUAUGGAAGGGCAUGUGAAGUUUAUGGUGUGGUGCUGUGAACUGAUCCUUCUGUACACUGUAAAUAUGCAGUACUCUCAUUGGUUAAUAAAAGAACUGACUGGCAGGUAGCCAGUAUGGGUGUGACAACCAAGCUAAGGAUGCUGGGAUGCAGAAGGGCAGCAUCGUGGGAGUUGCCAGCCAGAUGAGAACAAGUCAGAAACACAAAAUAGAAGUAAAAGAUAUGAGCCCUGGGGCAGUACAUAGAUUAAUAGAAAUAGAUUAAGUUGUAAGAGAUAGUAACAAGCCUGAGCUAUCAGUUGAGCAUUUAUAUUUAAUAUAUGCCUCAGUGUGUUUAUUUGGGGGUUGCUGGCAGGAUAGAAACUUUGCCUACAAAUGGCAUUCCAACGUGGGGCCAGAAUUUCCACAUAAGACCUGAGAAAGCUUUAUAAAAAGGUUCUAAAUACACAGACACAGAGCCAAAGGCAUCUGUCUAGUUUCAUGUCUCUCAUGCCAGCUGUGGUACAGGGUCGCAUCUCCUGGCCGCUGCCUGCAAUCUUGAGCUGCCAGUGCACCCUGAGAUGAGCUGAGUGGCAGGUUCCUGCAGUCUCUCAGGCUGGCUAUGAGCACAGUCAUAUACAGAAAAGUGGCUCUUGGCAGCUGCCUGUGGGAAGAGCCAGCCACCGUGCACUAAGCUAAGCUACACUUGAUGUAUUUUAAGAUUCGUCUCAUGAGGUCAGAAAAAAAAAAAUCACAGAUACACAGUAAAGACAGAUUCAGAUAGAAAAAAAAACCCUCUAAACAGGUUACAGUGUGUUUAAAAAUAUACGUAGGAUUAGGAGAGAUAAGAGAAGGUAUAGAGAGUCUUAAAAAAGAAAUAUAUAGUUUUAAAAUAAUAAAGUGCUUAAAAAGUGGGUAAAGUAAUAUAAAAGAAAAAGCUACACAAAGACAGGACUUACAAAGAAAGUCUGAAUUCUGUAUGUUACUAUUUGUGUUGUCUUUAAAUAUUUUAGCUGCCAAGGGACACUGGAUUUUAAAAACUGCUAGAUAAAACACAACCUAUAUAUUUUAAAAAUGUGUUGAGUUCAAAAUUUAAGUCAAAAGGUGUGUUACUUUGGGGGAGAGGUUAUGCUUUUAUUUUCACAGAAAAUGUGGAUUCAUUUCAGGUUAAAGAUGAUCAGGUUUGGUUGAGGAAGACCCCCUGAAAUUCUGACUACAAACAUAGAGAAAUAAACCUAGAAGAAUGACAAGACCUGUGAUAUAUAUUUUGCCUACUAAAAUACAUAACCAAAAUAUCAUCUUUGGCUGACUUGUGUACAAUGCACAACCUUUACCUGUAUUAGUGCAGGUAUGUAUGUUACCUUUAAAAGUUUAUGUAUUUUCAGAGCAAAGAAACCAGACACCAAUGAAAAUGAAUGGCCCAAGUGAUCCAGCAUUCAAAACAACUUCAAGGCUGCUGACAGAUGACUCAGCCUCACAGAAUACUCCAGCCAAGACCUAACAAUUAUCUUGAUUUUUUCUCAAGGGUCCUCUAAAGAUACCAGCAGCCCCAGACAAUGGGAAGCAGUCUAAAGGAAACAAAGCCCACGUACCCAAAAUAUAGAUUAUGAAUGUUUAUUAUUAUUUAAAGG